AUAUCAUACAAUUCAGGUGAAGCAAACCGUCACUCACCCACUCACUCGCUGCAGUUUGUUGCCUACUCUGCCGGCUUCGAUGCUCACCUCGAUGGCGCCGCCGAAUGCUUCUGCUCGCCUCCUCCUCCUCGUCGCCGCCGCCGCCGCCGUCGUCCUGUUCGCCCACCUCCCCACGACGACGACCGCCGCCUCGCCGGCGCUGAAGGCGCUCGGCGAGGACCUGCUGGCCGCGGCGGGCGCGGCGGGGUUCGCCGGGUGGCUGUCCGGGCUGCGGCGGCGCAUCCACCAGCGGCCCGAGCUGGCGUUCCAGGAGGUGCGGACGAGCGAGCUGGUGCGCGCCGAGCUGGACGCGAUCGGCGUCCCCUACGCGUGGCCCGUCGCACGGACGGGGGUCGUCGCCACCAUCGACGGCGGCGCCGGCGCCGGCCCCGUCGUCGCGCUCCGGGCCGACAUGGACGCGCUCCCGCUGCAGGAGCUCGUAGACUGGGAAUUCAAGAGCCAGGAGAAAGGAAAGAUGCAUGCCUGUGGACAUGAUGCUCAUGUGACAAUGCUUCUUGGAGCUGCUAAGCUACUUCAAUCUCGGAAGGAUGAAUUGAAGGGCACUAUCAAGCUGGUGUUCCAGCCAGCCGAAGAGGGCCACGCCGGGGCGUACCACGUCCUGGAAUCGGGCCUCCUGGACGACGUCUCCGUCAUCUUCGGCCUCCACGUCAUCCCGAACCUCCCCGUCGGCGUCGUGGCGUCCCGGCCGGGGCCGUUCAUGUCGGCGGCGGCGCGGUUUGCCGCGACGUUCACCGGCAAGGGCGGCCACGCCGGCGUCCCCCACGACGCCGUGGACCCCGUCGUCGCCGUCUCCUCCGCCGUCCUCAGUCUCCAGCAGCUGGUCUCCCGGGAGACCGACCCUCUCGAGGCUGCUGUGGUCUCUAUCACAAUACUGAAAGGAGGUGAUGCUUACAAUGUCAUUCCUGAAUCUGCAUCGCUGGGAGGCACCUUCAGGAGCAUGACUGAUGAAGGCCUGGCAUAUCUGAUGAAGAGGAUCAGAGAGAUCAUCGAAGCCCAGGCCGGCGUGAACCGCUGCGCCGCCGCCGUCGACUUCCUGGAGGAGGAGCUCCGGCCGUACCCGGCCACCGUGAACGACGACGGGAUGUACGGCCACGCCAAGGCGGUGGCGGAGGCGAUGCUCGGCGAGGCCAACGUGAGGGUCGCCGCCCGGAGCAUGGGCGGCGAGGACUUCGCCUUCUACGCGCGGCGGUCGCCGGGGGCCUUCUUCUUCAUCGGCGUCGGCAACGAGACCACCAUGGGGCCCGCCGCCGCCGUCCGGCCGGUGCACUCGCCGCACUUCGUCCUCGACGAGCGCGCGCUGCCGGUCGGGGCGGCGCUCCACGCCGCCGUCGCGAUCGAGUACCUGAACAAGCACGACUGCUCGUGAAUCUCGUGUGUGAUCCAAUUGAAAUAUACUUCGUAUCAAGCAAUCGAUCGACCUGUGGUGAAAAUAAUUAGAAAAAGAAAUGAGUAUUUGUCAUAGCUUGCUGGCUAGUGAAUACUAUGUGUGUGAUUUAUUACGGUAUGUGAUAGUUUGGGCAUUUUAUAUUGAAUAAAUUUUGCUGGCAUAAAUUAAUUAA